AUGAUUUUUCCAAUAGUUGGAGCUAUCUUCCUUUAUUUAUUUUUAUUUUUUAUCUCCAAAUACUUCACCAAUACCAACAACAACACACCACCACCAUCACAACAACAACCACAAUCACCACCACAAUCACCAGAAUCAACCCCACAAUCACCAGAAUCACCACAAUCACCACAAUCAACACAAUCAACACAACCAAAACGUAGUGCAUCAAUCCCUAAUUAUAGAAAACUAUUUCAAGAUAUGGAUGCAUACGAAAAACAACAACAAGAACAAGAUGAACAGGAUGAACAACCAGAGCCACAGGCGCCACAACCACAACCACAAACAAAACGUUCUGCAUCAAUCCCAAAUUAUAAAAAGCUAUUUCAGGAUAUGGACGCUUUUGAAAAACUACAACAAGAACAAGAACAAGAACAGGAACAAGAACAACAACCACAACCACAACGAUCAUAUUCAACUGCACAAUCAACCAGCUAUCCAAAUUUAAAUAAAACCCACUCUCGUUAUAAUACUGGUAGUGCACCAUCAACAUAUCAACCACAACCACAACAACCACAACAUUCUCAUUCAACUACACAAGCAAACAGCUAUCCUAACUUUAAUAAAACCCAAUCACGUUAUACUACAGGUGGCGUUCCAUCAACCAGUCAAAAACAAAACCCUCAACCACCCUUAAAUCCAAACCCACAACCAUCAAGUGCACAUUCUUUUAGAUACCCAACAUUUAAUAGGGAUCAAUCACGUUAUAGUGUUGCUGGUAAUUCUACACCCACCAAUUCACCACAACAAUGCCCACAACAACCACCACAACCAUUUAAACCAUCAAGGGCAGAAUCGAAUUACCCAGCAUUUAAUAGUGCACACUCUCGUUUCAAUACUACUGACGGACCAAAACCAGUAAAUACUCCAACCGACCAACAACAAAGGGCACACAGAUCAUCAGAAUACCCAUCUGUCAAUAAAGAACAAUCCCGUUACAAGUGUGCUAGUUCAACAUCAAAUAUUCCAUCUUUCAGUUCUGCAAAUAAAGAAAAAUUAGAUAGAGAAAAAGCAGAAAAAGAACGUGUUGAAAUAGAAAGAUUAGAAAAAGAAAAGAUGGAAAGAGAAAAGUUGGAAGAGGAAGAAAAAGAAAGAGUCCGUGCAGAAAAGGAACGUGAGGAAAAAGAAAGAUUAGAGAAAGAAAGAUUAGAGAAAGAAAGAUUAGAUAAAGAAAAAAUAGAAAGGGAGCGUUUAGAAAAAGAAGAGGUUGGCGAAUGUUGUAUUUGUUACACCCAAUUAAACUCCGACAAUUCCACCUCGAUAGAUUGCUCUCACAAAUUUUGCUACAGAUGCAUCACUAAAUGGUACCAAAUAGAAGAUACAUGCCCAUUGUGCAGAAAAACAUUUUAUUAUAUUCAAAGAGAGGGUCGUAUUGCAACAGAUGUUGAAUUGGAUAGAAUUCUUCAAAAAUACAGUUCUGAAAAUAAUUCCGAAGAAGAGUCCAAAGAAGAGUCCAAAGAUGAGUCUGAAGAUGAUCAUUCCGUUUAUGAAUCAGAUUUCGAUUCAGACGAUCAUUCUGUUUAUGAAUCAAAUAUCGAUUCCAAUGAUCAUUCCAAUCAUGAUUCAUCUUCUGUUAACAAUGAAGAAUUUGUUGACUCUAUGGAUCUCGAUUAG